AUGGCGCCGGGGCUGUCCCCCACACAGCGCCAAAUAUGCCAGAAGCAGCCGCACUUGAUGAAGCUCGUGGCCGAGGGUGUCCAGCUGGCGAUUGCCGAGUAUCGGCACCAGUUCCAGGCCAAGCGGUCGAACUGGACCACGGAGAAUGGGCUCGUCCCUUUACCUCGGUCGGCCGCCGCGGGAGUGGUGCACGCGGUGGCGCGCGCCUGCUACACCCCGCAGGUGAUCCGCGACAGCUGCACCUGGACCUAUGACCCCUUGCUGCACCCCAGAGGUAACAUCGAAUACGGAGCCCAUUUCGCCAAGGUGUUUGUGGACGCGAGUGUCCACGACCGCUGGAGGCGAGGGGGACAACGCAAGUCUUUGGCGAAACUCGUGCAGAUGGAUUUGCACAACUACGAAGUUGGUCGCGUGGUGAUGGAAGAACUGUUGUACUACUGCGGUUGCGACAACAGAACCGGUGAAUGCGACAGAGUCUGCCUGCCGCUGCGCGAAGACUUUCGCGACGUUGGCGACUUUCUGAACGUGAGCUCACGGCUGCCGGGAAAGUACGACAGAAGUUCCGCCAUGCGGCUGGUGAGGGACAACAGGAGCGGUGGAAGUGGCGGCGCCGCCCGCUGGCGUCUGGAGCCGGUGAACGAGUGGUUGACGGCGCCCUCGGAGUAUGACCUGGUCCACGUGAGCGCCAGCCCGGAGUACUGCGUCCGUGGCAGCACCAGCGGAGCGGUGGGGAGGCAGCGCUGCAACGACACCGAGGCAGCCGAGGAAUGCACCGUCACAUGCUGCGACAGAGGAUACGACAUCUCCCAAGUCACGGUGGAGAUGCAGUGCGGGUGCAAGGAACAGCUCAAGGAGAACGUCAAGUGCAAGCUUUGCCCGUGGACCGUCGAUCAAUUCGCUUGCAAGUAGCCUCCAGCCCCAGUGGAGGGGGGGCCUCGACUGAGAUCGCGACCCCCACAAAGCUGUUUAGG